AUGAUUGAUUUCUGCUCGAUACCGCUCACUUUUAGACAUCAUCGCGUAGCAGACGGGCUUUCGGAGGAGAUGUUAUCCAAGCUGCUGAACAAUGGAUCGGAUGGUGCCGGUGGUAAACCGACGAUCGGUCAGCUGUUGGCCGUUGCGGCCGGAGUCGGCGUUGCGUCAGCGAUCGGUUAUGGUGUGUAUCGGUUGCUGAAAUACCGGGCCGAACAACAACCACCAGCAGAAUGGCGCCGUGUCGGAGAAGUGUCCGAUCUGUGGAUUUACCCGAUCAAAUCGUGCGGUGCAGUACGUGUGCGUCAAUUCCAGUGUUCGCCGAUCGGCCCACAGCUGGGACUGUUGCGUGACCGUAUCUUUAUGGUGGUGAAAAGUGCGGAUGGAAAGUUCAUUACCGGACGCGCCCAUCCGACACUCGUGCUGGUACAGCCCUCCUUUGAUGAGCAGUAUGAACGGAUGACGUUGUCUGCACCCGGCAUGAUGGAUAUCGCCGUAAACGUGAAGCAACUGCUCGAAAGCGCCCCUGGAAACUAUUCCGUAUGGGAUCAACCGGUGGCAGCGGUUGACUGUGGCGAAGAGGUUGCUCGCUGGCUAUCACGUUUUAUACUGAGCGAAGAUUUUGGCCUCCGACUUGUGUACUACCCACUAGAGCGACCGACCCGCCCAGUGCGGGAGAAGAAUCGCAUCCACGCAUUGCUCACGGCACGUGAUUCGGGUGCGCUACACGACGCCACCAGCUACAUGCUCGUGUCGGAAGCAUCCGUUGCGGAUGUAAACACGCGACUCGAGCGACCGGUACCGGCGCUACAAUUCCGGGCCAACAUACUCGUCAAGGGACCGAGUGCCUUCGAGGAGGACGACUGGAAGUGGAUCCGAAUCGGUGACACGGUCUACCGGAACGUGAAACCGUGCACGAGGUGUCUGUUUACGAACGUUGAUCCCGAAACGGGUAUUAGCAACGCGGCCCAGGAACCGCUGAGCACGCUCCGGAAGUACAGAUUGAAACCCGGCCUGGGUAACUCACCUGUCGUCGGAAUGCAGAUGGGUAUCCGCACGCUCGGUGCAAUCGGACUCCAAGACACCGUGUACGUCGGAUGA